CUGUUUGGCAGUCUUCGAGGCCAAAGCACAUUGUAGUCUAUCAACUAUGUCGCAUUCGCAUUGUAGGAGAUAGGCCUUCAGUCCAAAUGCAUUUACCAGACUCCAAGCUUGGCGGGAAAUAAAAAAAAGUAUAAUUAUAACUAUGAACGAACUAACUCGCUAUGUCGUGCACUGGGCAGGUCGCCAAACGAACAGUCCUCACCCAAGCAACCUGUCGAGAAAAGCGCACAAGAUGGCUGCCAACAGUCGCUCCGGACAUGCCUUCGUUGCUUUUGCGCGCAGGGUGUACCAUCCGAUGGGAUUUUCCAAAGGUUACAAUUUUGUUUUAUUCUUCAUCUUCGCCGGAGCUUUUACCGGCUUCACACUUGCUCGGUUGCAAUAUCUCGCGAUCGAUAGAAGUUGCGAAUCGAAGAGCGGAGACCGGCCUCUGGGCUGCUACUACUAUACGCGAGGUUCUAUCGACAGAAUCGGCAUUAUUCUGCACCUGGGCACCAUUCUUCCAGGAUCACUGCUCGUCAUUCUUCAGUUUGUUCCCAUCAUCCGCCGCAGCGUCGUGCUGUUCCACCGCAUCAAUGGGUAUCUCAUCAUCAUUCUCAGCCUGGUACCAACAGCCGGGGCCAUCAUGCUUGCCAGAAACUCGGUUGGCGGCCGAACGGAGGUUCAAACGAGCAUCGGAGUCUUGUCUAUUGCCUUCGUUGUCUGCCUGGCACUUGCUUGGUAUAACAUCAAGCGUCUUCAAAUUGAGCAACAUCGGGAGUGGAUGUUGAGAGCCUGGUUUUAUGCUGGUUCUAUCGUUACAGUACGCCCAGUUCUCUUCCUUAUGGCACUAAUCACCAGCAAUGAGGACUACUUUGUUCCUAUGCCGUGUGCCGAGGUUGCCAGUUUGAUCAGUAAGAAGGAGCGAAUCCUCCAGGAUUACCCUGCAUGCGAAUCAUACUUCACCCAUGGAGACACUAGCACGAAUGUGCUUGUCCCCGCAACGAUGGCCGGGGACGGAAGCAAUAGAAUGGCCAGUUUUAGCCACAACUUCGGAGCGGCUCUCUGGCUUGCAUUGGCGUUACACGCUGUUGGGGUAGAGAUAUAUCUUCGUCUGACGCCGGCCGAGGCAAAUCGGUUACGCAAUGUGUCGUAUCAACGACAGCUCGAAGCUGGCAUGAAAUCUCCAGGGCGUGCCGGUCUUACCGCGGACAGGCUGGGGAACUCGGACCUCUGGAAGCCAAACACCGACCAGAACGAGCAGGACGGUGGUGAGGUCUCCAAGUAAGCGUUCGACACCGGUGCGUGGCAUAUAAGAGAGUCGAUCGAGCACGGGAAGACACGGCGAAGUGGCUGAAAUGGAUGGAUAGAAAUGGACGGAGAGAGCUGGAAGGGCGGAAAUUGAACUGCAAUAUCGAAAUGACUACACAAUUGGAACGGAUAAUACGUAAUUACAGCUCUCUUGACUGUUGUCAGAAUACCUACUUAGGUGCAAUUGCUGGAAGCAGCAAUUGCGGCGUCGCUUUUGCAAUUUCACAACUGUUAAUUAAUUGAAUACUCGGCACUCUCAGGACGCGUUGUUCGCUCUAAACUAAUGGAUGGAGAGAAGCGCUAGUUUGCGACCAAGACUAUAAAAAGCCCUCUAC